AUGCACGGCGGCCGCGGCGGGCGGCGCCCGAGCGUUCCGGUGCCGCCUCGGCGGGCGGAGCCCAGCGCCGGUGAGGUCGCACCGCGCCGCCACCGGAGCGCGGCAGGGAUCGGGACACGCCGCGCUGUCCCCGCCGGUAGCGGCAGCGCGGAGCGGGCCCGCACGGACAGCCCCAGCUGCGCUGGCCCGGCGCAGCUCCCGGUGCUGCCCCUCCGCAAGCGGCUGUGCCCGGAGCGCCGAGUGGCCGGCCGCGAUCGCCGCCGGGAAAGCCCUGGGGGUGAGCAGAGGCUUCUUCAUGGAGCUGGAGGUUGUCAUCCAGGGUUAAGUCAAAUUUUCAGUGCUAGGCUCUCUCUGGAGAGCUGCAUCACCACCUUGGCCUGGCAUUAAGAAGAGUGUGUUUCUAAGAUCCUGUCUCCUGUGGCAAAACUGGAGGCCACAGAAACCUCAGAGGAUGUCAGUGAAGAUUAGAUUACCCAAAGGACUGAAGACAGCAUCAGGCAGUCUUUGAGUGGCAUUUGCACAGAGGCUGCUGCCAGGCUGUGCCAGGCAGUGGUUUGGAAGUCCAGGCAGCUGAUUUGCACCAGGUAGGACAGGCUCAGUGUACAGAUCCAGGAGGAUGCCCACUCUGUGGGCAUCUUCCAGGAAGGCCCAAGUAGUCACACUUGCCACUUCAGCCUGGCCUUCCAGCUGCCCUGCUGGCACACCUUGGCUGUACUGAAUUCAAACAAGAAGCUCUUGCAGAGGGAAACGUUCAGUAGACCAUGGGAGAGGAGAUGUGAUGCCCAUCAGGCUGGGUGAGACAGUGCUGAUGGCCUCUUGGAGGUCCUAAAGAGCUCCUGGAACAAGUCGUUGGAUAAAUCCCUCGUGGUUAUCCUUCCUCCCAGCAGAGAUCAGCCACAGCAACAAGGACUUGGAGCACAGGACUCUGUGGGAGCUGCUGACAGCUGGAUCAGCUCCAUUGAGGAGAAGCUCCAGCACUGAGUGGGAGCUGAGCUGGGUGCUUCCACUGGGUCCUGUCUCGCACCUUCAUUCCCUCAGCCUGUC